AUGGUUGGGGGUGAUCGGCGGUCACCCCCUCGUCAUCCUCCGAGAAGCAGCGGUGGGAGGGAUAGUGGUGGUUCUGGUAGGGAGAGGAAAGGCAUCGAGGGAGGUAAAUUGGGAGCUGCUGUUCGUAGAGGAGUAGGUGGUAGAUCUGGAUCGAGAGAUGGUGGGAGGAUUAUUAUGGGGACUGAUGCUGGUAAUAGAGAAGGGAGCUAUGGUAAGAGGAGGCUCUCGUUUGGGAGUACUGGUGGACCGGUGCAUAUCGGAGCUGAGGGAAGCCGUUUGGUUCAGGAUCGGUCAUUUGAUGAUGUUCGGGGAGCUAGAUCUGGAGCUUCUGGACAAGGAACAGUUGCAUCAGGGAUAUCAGAUGUUGAGACGGUGAUUGUGGAAGAUGGAUCUGGAGCUUCCGAGCUGGAUGAUGUCAUGGAGGUUAUUGGUGGUAGUGUAGCGGAGGAGUUCUUAAAGGAGGUUAGCACUGCUUGUGUUGAUAUGGAGCAGGCUGAUUAUAAUCCAGGUAUUCAGGAGCGCUCGACGGAGGAAUUGCGGGAGUCCAAUGCUUGGUAA